CCUUCUACUGGAUGCUUAUUGAGCUCUGAUAAUUGUUUUUUUAAGAGCAGUGAAGCAGUUGUAUCCAUUUGAUAGCAAAUGAGAAAUAAAUCAGAUGUCUAUAUUUGUCUUUUAAGCGUAUCCACAAUUGCUUUCUACAUUUUUUCCAAAAACUUACCAAUUCACUGCGUUUUUCUUCGAAAAGAGAACAAUGGAAAUUUUCAACAACGAAAUUCUCUUAAUCCUGACAAUUUUAUGAUCAAUUUCAAAUAAUGCAGACUUUAGAAGUAAUAAAAUCAAUGAUUAAGCACUAAUUCAAGUGAUAUACAGCCUUUAAACACAGAAAAUUUAAAUUUAAUCCAAAAUCUUUUAAAUUGACAAAGCCAUUCAA